GGCAGAUUUCAGGAACCCCAAAUACUCAUCAGAGACGAAGAACUCCUCAGACCUCAGUCGUUGGUUCCAUCAGUAGGUUCUUACUCUUACAAAGCGAAGUUUGCUCCCUCCGCUUGACAUUCGGAGGAGAAUUUGAGGCAGUGUUUUAGUGUUGUUGGGCGUCAUGGAGAGAAAUCUCUGCCUUUGAACUCUGUGAGAAAAAAGUUUGGGAAAGAUGCAGGCGCAGUUAAUCCAUUCUCCAAUUGUUUCGAGAGGGAAGCUCCCCUUAUUGGCUUCCAUCGAUUCCCUCCCUUGUUCUAUCCCUUUAUCCAGAAGGAGAACUUCAAAUUCAUUGAGAUACAAGGAUAUAUUGAGGUUGAAUUCAGUGUGUGGAACAACCAGAGCUCAAGCUUCCAAUGUCAGUAUUGGAUCUGGAGGCUACGAAGGACGGGAGGAAAAUGAUAAACGCAAUAUCUCCAUAGGAGGUCCUCCGAGUGAAAAUUUAACUGAAUCGGCGAAACCUCCUAAUCGACUUCCUUAUCCAGUAUCCGUAGCUAUUGUGCUACUUGGAUGUGCUUUAGCUUUUUCAUUGAUUGCCUUUGUGAAGGGAGGACCUUCAUCACUCAUGGAAGCAUUUGCAAAGUCAGGCUUCACUGCUGCCUUCUCAUUGAUAUUUGUUUCUGAGAUUGGAGACAAGACAUUUUUUAUUGCUGCACUGUUGGCCAUGCAAUAUAAAAAAGGAUUGGUCUUGUUGGGCUCGAUGGGUGCUCUUUCACUUAUGACAAUCCUGUCUGUGGUAAUAGGACGGAUAUUCCAUUCAGUGCCAGCUCAGUUUCAAACAACCUUGCCCAUUGGAGAAUAUGCGGCAGUUACUCUUCUUAUGUUCUUUGGUCUUAAAUCCAUAAAAGAUGCAUGGGACCUGCCACCGGAUGUGACCGAGAGUGGUGAAAAGAACUCAGAACUUGGGGAAUUUGUUGAAGCUGAGGAACUUGUCAAGGAAAAGGUGGCAAAGCGGCUCACAAAUCCACUAGAAAUCAUCUGGAAGUCUUUUAGCCUCGUAUUCUUUGCUGAAUGGGGAGAUCGCUCAAUGCUUGCAACAAUUGCUCUAGGUGCUGCACAGUCCCCAUGGGGUGUGGCUAGUGGGGCCAUUGUUGGACACCUACUUGCGACAUUUAUAGCAAUUCUGGGAGGAGCAUUUCUUGCCAACUAUAUUUCUGAAAAACUGGUUGGCUAUUUGGGUGGAGUUCUCUUUCUUAUAUUUGCAGUUGCCACAUUUAUGGGAGUUUUCUGAGAAAUCUUUGGGAGUCUGCUUGAAAGAAAAAUUUCCACCAAGAGGGUGAGUCAUGCCCUUAAAGUCACCAGACAGAAUAAGGUAUUCAUAAAAGUGUAUCCAUCUAGAAUUUGCACUUCCUUGGGUUACACUCAUUCUUUUAUGGUAAGGUUGAAGGUUAGACUUAUCUAAAUUACGUUCUAGGAAUCACUGAGUUGAUUUUACACUAGAAGUAUGGUUGUUCUUGAAGUUGGAGUUUGUAUAUUUUGUAUGUGCACUGGCAGGUGGUAGAAAAGCUGCAGUUGCACUUUCUAUCCCAAAAGAAAAGGCUUACCGAACUUGUUCACCUCUCUCUCUUUUUAAUAUUUUUUGACUGAAGAAGCCAAAAAUUGGACUCAUGAUGCGGCACAAUCUAUUUUCAUCAAUUUGUGUUUCUAGAUAUUGGUGUACUGUCAAAUUUUAUGUAUUUUUUAAUAAUAAAUGAGAGAUCACUGUACCAUGGACUU